AUGGAAAAGUAUAGCCAGUUCCGCGACAGAGCUACGGGCAUUGCGCCCUUCCUCCCCGUCGCAACGCCCCUCUCCAUCGUCUCGACCUUCACCCACGGGCUCAUCUUCCUCUUCCGCCUGCCCUUCUUCCUCACCUAUGCUCUAGGAUACUUCCUCUUUUUCCACUUCCUACCCUUGCCAGUCAUCUUCCGCAAGGUCGCCCUCUGGGGCAUGAUGGCUAUCCCGGGCAUAUGGUGGGUUGACCUCCAGCUCGACGGUGUCAAGCGUGGCACCCUGGCCGACCAGCCUCGUGAGCGCUUCCCGCAUCCAGGCUCCGUCAUCGCCGUCAACUUCACGAGCCCCAUUGAUGCCGUCUACCUGGCCGCCAUCUUCGAUCCCAUCUUCACCAUCUCAUACCCCGACACCCGCAAGGUCCAGCGCAUUGGCCUGCUGAGCGCCGUCAUCAUGGCCCUGUCGCCGGUGCGCACCGCUCCCCCGCGCAACGCCAAGCUCGUCGAGGUCAACGACCUGCUCGCCGAAUAUCCGAACCGAGUCAUUGCUGUCUUCCCCGAGUGCGGUACCACCAACGGCAAGGCUAUUCUGCCCUUCAGCCCAAGCGUCCUCCAGUGUCCAUCCGACAUCCACAUCUUCCCGGUUAGCAUCCGGUAUACCCCUCCCGAUGUCACCACUCCCGUCCCUGGCAGGUGGCUCACGUUCUUCUGGAACUUGCUGUCCCGACCGACAACCUGCAUCCGUGUCCGCGUCGCAGAGGGCCAGAUGAAUUCUACCACUGCUAAGACCAAUGGGAUCUCGACGAGCGACCACUCUGAGUUGAGGAACCGCAACGACGCUGGCGCUGCCGUUUCAGGAGACGAGAAGAAGGUUCUGGAUCGCAUAGGCGAAGCCCUUGCUAGGCUUGGCCGAGUCAAGCGGGUUGGACUCACGAUGAAGGAUAAGGCCACCUUCGUGGAUGUCCUCAAGGGGAAAAAGGCCUGA